AUGGCUCCUGUUUCACGCACCGUAAAUUUAGCUUUGGCAGCUACUGCCGUGGCAUUGGUCCUUCAUAAAAUUAAAGGUAAAAAACAAAAGAGAAAAUGGACUAAAGAUUGGUUGCUGAAAAGAUCGCAAUACUCGCUUAUAAACUUAUUAAACGAAUUACGGUUCCAUCCUGAAGACUGGCAUAAUUACUUAAGGAUGGAUGAAGAAACCUAUUUUGAAUUACUUCAGUUAGUGACACCUCUAAUAGUAAAACAAGAUACUCACUUAAGAAAAUCAAUCCCCCCUCACGAAUGGUUGACAGCAACAUUGCCCUUUUUAGCUACUGGUUGUAGCUACGAAGACUUGAAAUUUACAACCAUCAUAUCUCCACAAUUAUUGGGUGAAAUUAUUCCAGAAACCUGUUGUGCAUUUCACACCGUACUCAAAGACAAGUAUUUGAAGGUAAGUUUGUUAAUUUAA